AUGGCACAUACCUUUUAUUUAAUAUGUCUGCUUUGUAUUUUUGGCGUAAGAAUUACUACCGUUUCAUCAGAAUGUAAUAUUCCAAUUGUAUUGAGGAAUACUUGGUUUUCUUUUGAGAAUGGACGACAAACUGUAACUGAUAUUAAUGCCAGCGAUAUGACCGGCAGAGGAGUGUGUGUGAAUAUCAAAGCGGAAUUCCGGGUGAACUAUACAAUGGUGUUUCAAUAUACAAACUGUUAUUAUUGUGUUAAACUUAUUGUACGAACUGUAAAUGUUUUGGAGAAAAUUGAAACUCCCUGUGUAGGGUUAGAUCCAGAUGAAGAACCAACUGUUGACAGAGUGUGUAGAGGCUUAAACCCUGAUCAGAACCUAAUUACGUUAUUUUCUGAAAAUUAUGUGCCGGUCAACUGCCGUUCUUCUCUUGAGGGUGUAUGGCAAUUUGCAUACCAAAACCGCUUCCGUUUCACUGGAGAAUGCAAUCAUCCUGAUGCCCAGAUCAAAUCCUGUCAAACUGCCGGAACUCAGUUUCUUAUUACUAAUCAAAAAUUUAAUAUAACAUACAGGAGAUGCCAAGGAAUGUCUAAUACUUUUGAUGGUGUAGUUGAAUACAGUUGUUUAGGUCAUUGGUUUGUGGAUAAGAAUCACUUCUUUGCUGUCGCAAACACUAAGGAAUCCCGCAAGGAUGAGAAAUACCGUUGUUUCCUCAAGAACAGAGAUGAUGACCUAUACAUUGGUGCAUCCAUCACUCCCGAGUGUAAUACCCUGAAAACUGUGGAGAAAUCACCCGAAAGAUACAGAGUAACUCCUGUAAAGGCUGAAGUAGUAGAACCAGGUUGUCGCUUGCCACAGAAUUUUUCUGGAGAAUGGGUGAAUACAGCCAAUAUUGAUGCAGAUGUAUUUAUUAAUGAAACUCAUAUAAUUGAAACAUAUUAUCCCGAUGAAGGCAGAUACAGAAGAACUAUUUAUGUUUGCAGAGAACAACGGGAUACUCGUGUAAUGAUGGCUCGUCUCACUGUUGAUGGUUGCCAGAAGGAUUACAUUUGUUUUGAUUUCGUACCAAGGCAUCACAAUAUCAUACGGUAUCGCAAAGGAUUGGCCAUGAUUCAGAGCAACUUUCACACUGUGUGUUCCUGGGUACAGUUCCCGAAUAAACAACAGUGGCGUUACGAUAUUUUUCUUAGGAAAGAUCCAUCACCUAUUCGUUGCCCUGUAGCUGGAAAAUUCAAUUUUACCCAAAAAGGCGAUGUAAAAUUUGAAACCAGGAUUCUCGGUGGAGUUACUUUGAGUCCUCGACCUAAUUUGUAUUGUAAAAUCAAUAUAAGUGACUUCUCUGUGUGUGAUUUUGAUCAGAAAACUAUACAAAUAAAGGAAAAUUAUUGUCUGACAGUAGAUUAUUUGGGAAGACCAGUGGAUAUAUACAGUGACCCAGAUUACAAAAUGAAAUGUAUUGGAUAUUGGAAGGAGAAUUUGAAGUCAUAUUUGAUAACAUUUGAUGAGUUAGAUCCUUUCUCUAAAUACAGGUGUUGGGUGUAUCAAAGAGCUGAUUUAAACAGAGUGUUAAUGUCACAAGCCUUAGGUCCAUACUGUGAUUUAAAACAGGAUGUAACAUCAUGGAAUUACACAGAGGGGGCUGCUGUCGCCGUAGAAAUGGAAGAAUACGAGAGAGAAAGAGACCAGUGUCCUAUGCAUUUUGACGAUGGCAGCGACCCUUGGAGCGCAAAAGAAAGCCUAAUUCGAAUUCUAACAUACUCAUAUUGGAGUUCAAGCAGUGCCACUUUGCUAAGUAUCAGUUUAUCAUCACUGAUAAUGGUGGCCUUAACUUUUGUAAUACAAUGAUGUUAGUAACUUAGUUUAGAUUGAUUAAGUUGCAUAUGUUAUAGUGUGUUACUAAAAUGACGAGUUCUGAAUAUUGUACUAAUACAAUUCAUACCAUUUCUACUUUUCAAGAAUUGGAAAAUAUUAAAAGAAUAAUAAUGUUUCUCACAGCUCUUUAAAGAUGUAUGUAAACUAAUAGAUAACAUAGGCGACUGUUGCAUUUAUGUAUGCCGUUGGACUCAUAUAUUUUCCCAAUUAACAAACUACAGAAUCUCAAGUGUGACAUAGUCAUAAAUUAUGUGCCUUAAUGUGCAAUUUAUUCGUACGUAUAGUUAUAAGUAUGCAUUAUAUUUAAUCAAUCUUACCACUCUUGUAGGAUUUCAACUGUAUAUUGCACUCCCGGUAGCUAUAAUAUAUAUAUAUAUUUUUUUUAUGAUUGAAGUAUUACUGGUGGCCCAGAGGCCUUUCCAGUUUCACCUG